AGCCAUUUCAUGAGUUUCGGUUUAAAAUGAUAGAGACACUGGCUGGCCGCACUGAGUUGCAAUCUGCGCCAAGUAUUAUUGCCGAUGGAGUCUGACCAUGGAUGAGGAGGUCAACCCUGACCAUGAAAAUGUGAACUCAGUCUUGGCUCAGGACUCCAUUGAAUUGUUCCACAUCCUCAGCAGUCAGUCGCACUCAGUCAUAAUGGAGCUGUGUCAAAUGAUGCCCAGUGAAGCUUGGCGCCAAUAUCAGCUUGACCCCUCAAGCUCUUCUGCAGCAGGAAGGCCAGAACUCAUCAAAACCAUGUUGGAUUACUUCAGGUCAGCCAGUGCUCGAAAAUGCCGUAACUUCCUUCAGAGCGUGUGCUUCUCGUGUGAGAACAUUCCCAUGCUUCUGGAGUCGAGGCUCAUGUCAGUGGCAGGAUAUGACAACACUGAUGAUGUACCAUCUCCAGCCGCAGAGGACGUGUCUCUAGCAAACACAGACGGUUGUGAAAGUUCUAGGCCUGCUGUAACAUCUUUAGAGCAGCGGCUCAUCAAGCGCCCACGGAUCGAUCACUGGGAGCAGUACAUCAGUGAAGUGAAGAAAUUCCUGCUGAAGAGAUGGGAGCGACUCACAGCUGGCCUGGUGAGGGAGGUCCAGCUGGAGAAUGUAUGGGUCAGCCCAAGAGCGGCAAACAGAAGCAGAGACAGACCUGAUCAAACCCCUGGCUCAGCAGACAGAGGGGGCAGAACACCAGAGCCCGAUGGGGAUUACGGGUAUUUGGAGUCCAGAGUGACAUUGGAGACGUUCCUCCAGGGAUGUAUGGGUAAAGUGACAGUUCUGGUGGGCCAGACUGGAUCAGGAAAAACUCUGCUAACAUCCUGUUUAGGACAGCAGUGGGCUAGUGGAUUAGGUCCUAUCCCUUCAUCCUUUGUGUUUGUCCUGCUGGAGUUUCGUCAGCUCAACCUACUGUCACACCCUCUUUCACUAUCAGAGCUGCUUUUCCAGUACUACCUCCCUCCAACUGGGGGAGAAGAUGCAAAGAGAGCCAUUAUCGACUACCUCCUUACUAAUCCAGAGCAAAGCUGUUGGGUACUGGAUGGCUAUGAUGAGUUUCACGGCAAACUCAGCAGACAAGAAGUGCAGAGGAAACCGCUGCACUUAGAAGAUCCUCUGCCUGUCGCAGACCUCAUCUCAGGGUUGCUAAAUCGCCAGAUUCUUCCAGGAAGCACUGUGCUGGUCACCUGUCGUGUACGGGAUCUUAUAGAUUUGGAUGGCAUUUCAGAUAAAGUAGGCCAGCUGCUGGGCUGGGACCAGGAUGAGAUCAAGGAGUAUGUAGACAACUUCUUUGAUGCAAAAGCAGAUGUAGCUCUUAGAGAGCAGGCAGCACAGCUCCUUCUCUCCAGUCGACACCUCCUCGCCAUGUCUUCCAUUCCUGCCCUAUGCAACAUCUGCUGCAUCUGUCUUGAGCAUUUACUGCUGCAGUGUAGAGAUAAAGACACAGGAGGAGCACCGAUGCCUGACGAAAAAGGAAGUAAGGCAAGGACAGAUGCUCAGGAAGCAGAAGGAGCACAGAUGUCAAGAGAAGCCAGAGGGGAGGAGGGCAAUAGAAGAGGAAACCCUGCACAAAGGAAACAAGAGGAUGGAAAAAGAAAAGGGAGCAAAGAUGUAAUAAUGGAUGGAACAAAUGGCAGACCUCAGCUGACUCCCACUUCACUCCAAGUCCCCGCCACCCUAACUCAGGUCUACCUCACUGUUCUGGCCUCAUUUCUUAGCCGAGCCCCUAACCACGGAGGAGAUGGCAAGCCAAAAACUAAAAGAUUUCCUCACAGUGCUGUCACCACACUGACCAUUCUGAGUCAGUAUCAAUCGGAGCUGUGUGAGCUGAGCCAGCUGGCUUGGAGAGGCUUAGAGGAAAGCAAGAUACUCUUUUUGAAAGAAGAGAUUCCACAGGAGGUUUUAAAGUUUUCAUUGAAAAUAGGACUCUUAUCACAGGUGGAGCUCAGACGUCAGGACGGGAUACUUGCCAAUGCCUACUGCUUCAUUCAUCUGACAGUGCAGGAGUUUUUAGCUGCACUGAGAAUCAUGACUAGUAAUGAUGUUAAUGACGCACAGCUUAAGAAGAGAUUCAGUCUGAAAACUCGCUGGACAACCAAAUCAGACCAGAAGACGGUCUUCACUGACUCACUGUACCUCUAUGUUUGCGGUCUGGCUUCCUCAGAAUGCACUCCAGCCCUGGUUGAGUUAGCCAAGGUUUCUGGCAGAGCCCAAAGUUGGGUCCAGAAACGGCAAGACCUUGUUCUGACAUUGCUCAAAACCAUGUGUAACAGUAACACUCUGACCGGACCAAAGAUACUCCAGCUUUGCCACAGUGUUCAGGAGAGCCAGAACCACCAACUCGCCAAGCAGGUUUUUGGUGUGAGACCCAAACUGGAGCUGCGCAACAUCUGGCUGUUACCGAAUGAUAUCGAAGCUCUGGCUUUCGUAGUUAAUUCAGCCGAUCAUAAUGACAUCGGUCUGGACUUCGGAGCGUGCUCCAUGGAGCCGGAGUGUUUAAUAGUUCUGGCCAGGUGUCAGGGCAUUCAUAACCUCAGUUUUCACAGCCGCAAGUAUGGGGACAAGUUUGCUGAGAAGUUGUCGUCUGUUUUGCCUAAAUUCACAUCCCUGCGAAAACUAGAGUUUUCUGGUGCCAGCCUGACUGCUACUGGAGCAGCUAGUUUGGCCUCUGGUCUUCAGGAGUGUCCACACAUCACUGAUAUCAACGUAAGUGACAACAAUUUGAGGGAUGAAGGAAUCAGUCGCAUUGCAGAGAUUUUUACCAAACUACAAAACCUUUCGAAUGUAGCGCUGGGACGAAACAGCACAACCCUGAAUGCAGUCGACUGUCUUAUUAAAACGAUGUCUUCAUGUUUGAACAUCCAACAUGUUCAUGCAGAGGGGAUCAAAGACUUGACAGUAACUUUCUUCCAAAAGUCAGAUAUGAACAGCCAUAAAUCUAUACUUGAAUCAACAAUCAGCUUGCUGAACCAGAAUUGGAACAAGUCGGAGAUGCAGAAACUUGCUGAAUCCUUGGCUCAAUGCCCUGCGCUGUCUGUCCUAGAUCUGUCUGGAGGCCAGUGGGAUGAAGACAUUUUAAGGACACUGACUGAGUUUUUGCCAAAGUUCAGCAUUACUGACAAGCUCAUCAUUAAUGACAGCUGCUCAUCAGUGGAGGGUUUGGUGGUUCUGACUGCUCUACUGUCUGAUUAUCCUCCUGUGAUGGAGCUUCAUGUCAGAUUACAGGUUCCUGUUAAGGUGUCUAUUGUGUUUGCUAGGGGAAGGGAAAAACCUGCAAGCGGAAUAUCCAAAUCUCUCUGCCUCAGCUUCUGCAAUCUGUAUCCUGCUGAUCUGGAAAGUGUGUUGAGAUGUCUGGGAACCUCUUCUGAUCUCACUAUGCUGGAUUUGUCCAGUAACUGUUUAGGCAACAAGGGUCUGAAGAAGUUGUUGGAUUUCCUGCCUCGUCUUAGCAAAAUCCAGGAAAUUAAUGCCAGUAAAAAUGACAUCAACAUGGAAGGGGUGGUAAUGCUGGCUGCAGCUCUAUGCUCGUAUAACACCUUAACAGAAAUUCACAUCAGUGGCGGAGGCAAAGAGGAAGUCAAUCUAAAGUUCUGCCCAGAUGAAAGUGAUGACAAGCAGCAGCUGAAGAUGUUCCGAGUAAAGGACAGCAGCAUCCUACCAUCUGAUAUAACCAAAGUAUGUAGAAAAUUGGUCCAGAGUCGCUUCCAUUGGGAGUUAGAGUUAUCUCAGUGUUCACUUACCGACAAAGCCAUCAAGAAUCUUCUCAAAGUGUUGCCAGAGAUGACGUCACUGCAGAGACUCAAUGUCAGACAGAGCAUCACAUCUGCAACCGAUGCACUCGAGCUGGUCAGCUGUUUGAAUCACAGUCAGCGAGUGACGUCGGUUGAGCUCAGCCUUCGGGGUGACUCCUUCAUCAAUUUUGAUACAGUGAAAGUGGAACAAGUGAGCUGCAGGUUAACUCAUUUUUGCCUGAAGGGUGACCACUUGAAGAAACUUCUUGAGAUCCUGCAGCAGGGUCCCCAGCUUUCAGAUCUUGAUUUGUCAAGUAACCAGCUGGAAGAUGAAGACGUGGGCUCUUUUGUGCAUUCCCUACCAAGGCUAAAAAUCAGCACCUAUGUCAAUCUCAGUAACAACAGACUGACCCAGCAGGGGCUGCUGGCUGUGGCCAGCACAUUGUGUACCUGUGCUAAUGUCUCUGGUGUGGAAGUGAGCUUAGGAGAAGAAGAGCGAUGCCUCAUCUGGUUCAGACAAAAUGAAACUCGGGAAAAAACUCUGAGAAUCAGGGAAGGUAGUUUGAAGCAUGAACAUCUGAUCCGAUUAGCAGAGAUUGUGUCCAGUUGUCCCCAUCUGGCCAAAGUGGAAUUAAACCACAGCUUACUGGAGCAGACUGAACAUUUCCUACAGCUGCUGAGCUUCAGUCAAAGUGGAUGUGUUUUCAGUAUUGAGGAGCGUUGGAUCAGCGCUGAGAAAGCGGUUGGAUUAAUGCGCCACUGUUUGCAACUCAAUAGCAAUAUUCAAACUGUCAGGAUUCAUCAAAACACACUCCACCUGACCAGUUCCACUGGACUGACGACAGAUAGUGAUCUCUCUGGAAAUGCAGCUCAAUCGAGUGCCAUAAAGAAAAUUGGCCUUGUGGACUGUGCAGUAAAUGUGUAUCAGCUUGCAGCCAUAGAGAGCGUCAUCCUCAGUUGUCCAUUUCUGACAGAACUGGAGUUUUCCCACAACAGCCUCGGUGUAGAGGGAGCUGAGUUUCUCUGUUCUGUUCUUCCCCGGUUGCCCAAUCUCACUUCACUCAGUCUGUCGGGUCAUCAGAUUAGUGAGACGGCAGCUCAGAAUAUGACCAGGUUUCUGCCCUGUCUACGAUCACUUAAUCUUUCCCACUGUGUUUUGCCUGGAGGACUGCAGCUCAUUGAAGCACUGGGACAGUGUGUUAUUCUUGAAGACCUUUGUUUGGAUUCUGUGGCACUGAAUGAGGAGAGCAGGAUGUGUCUGGCACGAGCUCUAAAACAUAUCAACUCUAUUCGCCGUCUCAGGCUGAAUGAGAUUGUCACAGCAAUGGACAAUCUCAGCGUUCUGGAUCUCCUGGCUGCCACGAAGGGACACGCACAUUUAGAGCAGAUAGAGUUGGGGGGCUGGAGGAUGGCUUGCAGAGGAAUAGAAGAGCUGAACAGGCUCAUUCCGAACUGGAAAGAGCUCAGGAAGAUAAAGCUGUCAAAGAACCUUAUCAGUGACCAAUCAGGAGAGAAGCUGCUUGAGGCUUUGAAAGCCUGCAGCCACCUGGAGGAGCUCUGUCUGUCCGAUAACAAACUGGGAAUCCUCACUGCUGCCAGGAUGGCCCUCAUUUUCCCAUCACUGACACACCUCAGUGUGUUAGACAUUUCGCUCAACCACAUUGACCAUGAAGGCUCCAAUAGCCUUUCCAAAGCCAUAAUGUGCAUGAAGAACCUCAAAAAGAUUAACCUGACCUCUGUUGGGACUUCAGAGCUGCGUCCUGUUGUAGCCAGUCUGGCUCACUGUCCCCUCAUACAGGAAGUUGGUCUGGGUUGGAAUAACUGUCGUGAUGAAGUGGCACUGGAAGUGGCCAGGGUUUUGCCUUUCUGUCAUACGCUGACUCAGAUAGAUCUCGAGUGCAACAGCUUGAGUGUUUCUGGAGCGGAGGCCCUGCUUAAGGCCUUAAGGUUCUGCCCUGCUCUGCAACUCAUCAGACUCUGGAAGAACAAAAUCUCUGACGGUGAUGUCCAUAGGCUCGGUCUAAGGGACAGAAGGAUGAAUUUCUCUUCCACCUGAUAUGAUCUGCACUGCUUGACAGUUGAGAAGCACAAUUCCAGUUCAUCAGCACCAGUGCAGACGAACAGUCCAGUACCUUUUCUGCCAACACUGACUUAAAAAUCUGUGAGAAUUUUAUUAUUAUUUUUUUUUUGCUUGAAGUGUUUUGGGGGUUUUUUUUCUAAGUGCUGCUCUAUUGAAACACGGCUGUACAGUUGAAAUAAGUUUGUUAGAACAAGAAGAAAUAAUGUAUUUUUGAAACUAUUUAAAUCCCUGACUUUGCACUGAUUGGCCUUUGGUUUCACAAAGCAGGAGACGGGUGGAAGCCACUGAAACCUUUUUUUCAAAAGCUGCUGUCAGAUUAACAGGGGAGCACACAAAGAGGUUUAUGGACACAAAUUGGGAGAGGUGGCACGCUCAGCUGAUCAGUAGAACACCACACUAGAUUUUGAACAAAAAGUGUUUUCUUCAAAGCCACUGAAAUAACACACUUACUUUUGUAAUCAGUCGUAAUAAUCAGCAGUAGAAUUAGUUUUUUUUACGGUAGAGGGUAUACUGUCAUCACCUUCCCAGGCAGGCGAGUAGGUGGGCGAGGACACCCAAGUGAGUGAUGCUGAGAGACUGGCCAGCUGCUUCCUGUUUUAUCAUUGAAUUCCUGGGAGAAAGGAAAAACACACACAUAAACAAAGCAGGUCCCGCCUGUUCACUUUUAACUAAUGUAUCACACUCAUGACUAAAUUCUUCCCUACUGAAUUGAACAGAUAAUAUUUUACUGUUAUAACGGGACUACAGUAUUUCCCAUAUGACAUGAUCAUUUCAAACUUGUUACAAUAAAAUUAGAAAAAAUCACAAAGUACAUUAAAGAUGGCUUUUAAAAAAAGAUUACACUAACUUAUGUAUGCACUUAAAAAAGUGUGAAAUCACUAAACCUGUGUUGAGCCCCGCCUUUCAGUAGCACACCACUGAGCUCCCAAACUGCUGUGAAAAUAAAGGCCACACUGUGUUAUUUUCCUGUGAGGAAAUGAUGAAUAUAUCUUUGCAGACUCUGAUACGAGGAGUCAAUUUGCAUUGUGGAAUGUUUACAAUAAUUAGAGGCCACAUUACUGAAAACACAAGAAAUCACAAAGUCACAGUAAAAGAAGAGUUACCUGCUCCUAUGGUGACUCUAGGUCGUGGUCUCUAUCCAAUGUGCGUAUUUAUUUCUGCUGUUUAUCAUAGGAGGACACAAGAAAUUGUAUGUAUUUAUUGAGCUGUGAUUGAAUCAGGGUUAAAAUUUUUAAAAAGAAACAUUUUUAUAGGAAUGUAUUUGCUUUGUGACCAAAAGAAGAUACUGUAAUUUUUGCAGGUCGCACCAGUUGUAUUUCUGACUUUCUAAAGUCAUGUUGAUGCUUUGAUUUCUGAAUGUAAUGCACCUUAUUCCUUUCUCUUUUCCUGUGUGUAAUUGUCCGUUUUUUUGUGUUGUUUUGUUUAUUUUUCCUUUGAUUUUUGGAGCAACACUGGCUCUUACUGAAAGGAUUUAAAAUUGCUUAUUUGUUAAAUAUAGUUUUUGAAAGGUUUGUGUGCAGGUUGCGCUUGACAGAAAAAUUGCAGAUACUUUUGAUAUUCCCUGACUAUGAGUUGCAUUAAGAUGUGACCUGCUAAUUAGAAAACUUUAAAUUGAGUUUCUAUUUUUUGUUAUGUCAGCGGUUUUAUAAAGUAUGAUGUUAAAUUUAAACAGAUCAACAAGACACAAACUCAGCAAAAUCUGCUCUAGCAAUACAUGCCAGUUAAAUAAAGUCUAAUACAAAAAUAUGCACCUCAACUAUAAUAUACAACUUAAAAAAAUUCUGGUUUGUUCUCAAUGUCAACAAUUAAAAGUUGAUACCUGA